AUGUGUGAAUCUGAUUGCAUUACCACACCCCGUCACGCAACUUCCAACGAAGGUGGCAGUAUUACCACAAAUGUCAACCCAGUUUUCCGUCAUUAUGUGUCGGCCCCUGAUAGGCUCGUAAGUCCAACACUUCGGGUUCGGGCUCCGUCCCACGCUGUCUACGACGACGUCGCCUACGCCAAACGAAGUAUCCGGCCACCGAGAAUCGCGAUCCCAACCUCGGUGAAAGUUGGAACGCCCUGGGUCAUGUUGAUGUUGAUAGCCGGUGGUUGGUAUUGUUUCACUCCAUCUCCGCUGCGCAAUGCCGUGUUUUGGUCAGCUGCUGGGAUUUGUGUUGCGACUACGGUUACUGUUGGUGGUGCUAAGGUUACAAAGACGGUGUUUGUUGGGCCUCUUGAUGCCGGUGGAGGUGAUGGCGGUGGCGGCGGUCCAUGGGGUGGAAGCGGCCCUCCCGGGGGUGGAGGUGGCCCCUCAGGCGGAGGAGGCGGCGGCGGCGAUGGCGGAGGAGGUCCCUCGGGCGGAGGAGGCGGGGGUGGUGAAGGCGGGGGAGGUCCUUCUGGGGCGGCGGCGGCGGUGAAGGAGGUGGUGGUCCUUGAGGAGGCGGCGGUGGAGGUGCUUGUCGUCCCUGGUGUUGGUGUCUUUGAUCAAGAUUCAGUCUUGGCGGUGGAGGUUUUCUGCGAGUCAAUGACAAUCCUGCCAUUUUGUCAGACUGAACAAGCGGUUGUCCGUAUUUUCGGUCCUAAAUGUAGGAGGAGACACAAUGUUUUGAAGGGUGAAAAAGAGGCGAAGAUAAUUUUGAUCGCUCGGGAUGAUGGUAGCAUACACAGAGUUGAGGCCAAUAAAGAGCUUGCAGGUGGUUGGCCAUUUAAGGCGAUACUGCCCGGCGCAAAGCUCCUCACAAUCACGGUUCAUCUCCGCUUUAUCGCUUUGCGAGAGGUAUUCCGGAAGACAGAGGUCGCGCAGGCGAGUCACAAACCUAGCCUUUGUGUUAUUGAUCGGUUGUUGAUCCGGCGUGGAUAUGGAGCCGUCCUUAAGAUCGCUCCUCCUAGGAUGGGGGUGCAGCCUAUUCACCGGAUCGAGGCACCGACCGCACAAGGACUAGUGUCAUCUUGUGAGCCACGAGCGUGUGUGACGCGUCGUAUCCGGCACGCCGAUAAUGGUAGAGCAUAUUCGUUAACUGAGACUUCGGUUUUGUUUCCGAGGGAAAUUCAAUGUCCCGAAAAGCCAUCUCAUACAUACCUUGUCGAAUGUGGCAUAGGUAUAUGGCUUGUCAAUAAUGUUUCACAACGUGAAUCUCAACAGCACAUCAUGUCACUUAACAAGCACAAGCUGCAUUCAUCAACAAUUCAUCAACGAAAGUGA